AUGCAGGAGUGCAGGAAGUCCUCACUUGCCGGCUGUGCACGGUUCGGUCGGCUGACGUCACCCCCGGGCGCCCCCAGGGCGGCGGCGGCGGCGGCGGCGGCCGCGGCCGUUGCAGGAUGGCCGCCACAGCUGCAGGGGCGCGCGGUCGCGACAAAACCUUUUCUCUCUUCCCCUAGCGACACCGCAGCCCUUCCUCUGCCGAACCUCAUCCCCCGGCACCGGGAGCUCAUCCCCACUCCCUGCGGCCCCAUAAAGCCUUGUUCAGAGCUAUCAUUUCCUGUCAAGAUCUACUUCUGUGUGACUGUUUUGUCUCUGCUGAGUGUAAUAGGGCUCACUGUAGAGACACUCACUCAACAAACUGAAGAAGAUUUCACCAUUUCUUUUAUACAGUUAGUUGGACUUGCGUUCUGUGUAUACUAUGUGACUAGAGGAAUUCUGCAGGAGAAUCGCCAGGAACUCGUUGUCUUUGUUCUUUCUGUCUUGCUAGUGAUGUUUCGAUCCAUUGUCAACUUCACAGUUCUUUCAGCUGAACAGAAGCCGAAACUCCUGGCCCGCUUCAUUCUGAUUCUCCUGGUUGGCUCCUUCGAUGUGAUCUGUGCCAUCAUGCUCAUUCAGAGUGAAAGCAUGAUGGCCUUCCGAGUGGGCGGUGCUCUAGAAAGCCUACAAUCACAAUACUUCAUGCUGAACCUCUGUUUUUCCAUGUUGACCUUUGAUCUUCAGGCACAGCUCUGCUUGUGUAUUCUGCUGACAAGCCUGUGUGAGAUCACCCUUCUACGUAACAUCAUCUCAGCAACAGGAGUCCUUUGGGCAUGCCUGAAAGUGACCAUUAGCAUCAUCGCAAUUCUAAAAGAACUGAAACCUCUGGUGUGGAUUUUUCUAAGCCAGAAUGUACCUGAAGUAGUUUAUCUCAUCUACCUGCUUUACAUGCUGAUAGCAGAGUGGGGCAAAGGGAAUUCUUACACUCUGGAAGCUGCUGUCAUUACUGGCUCCUGCAUUUCUGUUGCAAUAAAAUCUGUUUUGUUUUGGGCGCUGAUUCACGUCUACCACAGCUUUGGGCAGGGGCUGAGAGAAAGAAUGUUUUCUUCCUAUGGAAGGAUUGACUCCUGAGCAUCCCCCUUGUGUUUAGUCUGCAGCUCUCACAGAGUGAAGUCAUAGCUGGGAAAGUUCUGAUCAUACAUUUGCAUUCAGAAUAUAAAAUAAUGGGUCAGUUUUGCUGAGACGGGGGAAGUUGCUCAGAAAAGCUAACCCAAAGGGGAGCAUCAAAGCUACUCACCUUUUUGGUCCUUCAAUUUCACGGUUCAGCAUCUAUACAUUUCUUGGUUUGUUUUGUGCUUGGGAACUAUAGCAGUGCAGCUGGUAAGCUAGCAUAAAAAGCAAAGUACACUCUGGAAAUUAACAAUAAUCGUCUCAUUCAAUGGUUUUUGCUGACAGGACAACACAUCUUUCCCUCUUUAUUUUCCUGAUACUGUUUUGCAACUGCAGGAGAUUCACAACCUACAUGUGAGUGAAGAAUAAUAUAAAUGCUGGUUUAAUUGAUAUACCAGCACAAUGAAGACAAUUUGCACAGCAGUCUGUUUUUUUCACUGAGCAUAGAAGUAGAUUGUCCUACCUUCAUUUCUCAAUAGAUGUGCUGCUGAACAGAGGUUCCAAGAGCGCAGCACAAGCUUUCUCUUGCUACACUGCAGUUAAAUGAUUUUCACAAACCCGUAAGUUGUUUUGAAGCUACAUUCCCCAAUCUCCACCCUCACAGAAUGCCUAUGGCUUUUGUUCCUCCUCUGACUUCAGAAUAUUUCCAAAUAUUUAUUUUUUUAAUCCCAACUAUAUAUUAAAUCUACACAAUUUAAUCUCGUGUCCUGACUCUGAUAAUGAAUCUAACCAAUGUGCCAUUUCAUGCCCAAUGGUGAUUGUUAAAAUAAACCUUUAAAUUAAAAGUUUGAUACUUUACUAAUUGGAAGCUUUUGUUACUGGCUGUAUAUUUUUUAAUAAAGUAUGAACAGUU